AUGCCCAAAAAUAAAGGAAAGGGAGGUAAAAAUAAACGCAGAGGAAAGAAUGAAAAUGAAUCUGAAAAAAGAGAGUUAGUGUUCAAAGAAGAUGGACAGGAAUAUGCCCAGGUGAUCAAAAUGUUGGGAAAUGCACGAUUAGAAGCCCUGUGUUUUGAUGGUGUGAAGAGGUUAUGUCAUAUCAGAGGGAAAUUAAGAAAAAAGGAUAGCAAAGCUGAUGUUAUACUAAAAUACAAUGCAGAUGAAGCAAGAAGUUUAAAGGCAUAUGGGGAACUUCCAGAGCAUGCCAAAAUCAACGAAGCAGACACAUUUGGUACUAGGGAUGAUGAUGAAAUCCUGUUUGAUGAUAUCGGGGACGACGAUGAUGAUGAAGACUUUGAAAAUAUCUAA